UCCGGGGUAACGGGACUCUAGCUCAGGCAUCCAGUGAGUUAACCUCCGGCUCUGGAUGUCAUGAAUUAGACGGUGGAGGAAGCAGCGGCUGUCUGCUUGGAGUUUCUGUACACAGAUCGAGCCUGACAUUGCUGUUUUAUGAAGCCUCUCUGCGCCUGGACUCUCCUCUGCACAUGGAGGGAACCAAUUAAAAAAAUCCAUGUCGAUUAGCCUCGGUGAUAAGUGUGCGUCCGGCCGGUGCCAAGUCCAUAAACCAAACCCUGCUGCGACGUCACGCCGCUUGGAGAGGGGCGUCAGUGCGCCUUUUCAUGCGCCGUUUACCGAGUGGAGAGAGUUUGGACUUGCAGAGCGCAUGUGGACUGUCAGACAAUGAAGGGGAGCGACAGAGCUGGACUCCUUUUCUCGCAGUUCUAAGAUGAUGAGAGCCUUCGCGCUGAGGCUGGUGAGCUCUGGAGGAUUUCUGAAGGGAACACUAACAGUUUGCACAGAGGAAAUGUCCACAACUACAAGUCCAGACAUCCCCUCCUCACAGCUGACCUCGGACCAGCUCACACUGCUGGCUGCCUCCUUUUCUUCUCUGGUGUUCUUUGUGGUUAUUGUGGUGCUGCUGUUCAUUAUUUACCGCAAGGAUUCUCAGUGCUGCAAGCUGCGCUCCUAUCAGGGGCCACAUGCAGAUAUGGAUGCUCCUCCUCAGUACUACAGCAGCAGGCAGACGCUGGUAGGAUCAGCUUGUCUCGAACAGACUCACAUCACAGAUGACAGCGACACUCAGCUGUUCUACGUUGGCCUGCCCUCCAGCUACAGCCUCCCCACCAUGGAUCCCCCCCUGCCGAGGCUCCCCUCCUACGAGAGCGUCCGAAAGAAGGACCGCCAGAGGCAGAUCCACAUGAUGAUUGCUGACCGCUUCGGCCUCAAUGGACCCAUUGUGACUGAGCCUCCUCCGACAUACGAAGAGAGCAUCCGUCAGUCUGUGGAGCUGCCGUACAACGUCCUCUCCUCCAGCCUGGAUGUCUCCUCGCCUCCGAGUUUCUACACCAACACAGCAUCCAUCAAUCAGAUGGACGCAGCUCAUCCUGUUGACUCAGACACUGUUCUACCUGUGUGAAAGAAGCGUCAUAGAUUUCAUGCAGAUGAAGUUACCAAAUCACAUGAUGUCUGUACAAGCUGAUCCAGAUACCUCAAGAUUGUUUUUAUUGAGAAACGGCUAAUGUUGAUCAUGAGCUGAGGAGCGACCAAAAAGAAGCUGCAUCUCUUUGAAGGGAAGGACACAUUUGAAUGUUAAAACCAAGCUCAGUCGUGCAGAUUACGAGUGGAUCUUCCUAAAUGAAGGUGGCUGGUACAUCUGGAAGACCGCAGGGAUGAAGAGACUAAAACAAACCAAAAAGGGAACCACUAAUUUCUUUGUUGAUUACAGUGAUGUAGACUGUAUUCUAAUCAUGAAAAUAUUUUUUUUGUUUGUUUUUGUCUUUUGCUGCUUUUCUUCUUUAUUUUGCUGUUUCUGAAUGAGAAACGUCAUUGUGUGGUUUCAAAGAGAACUGCUUGAUUAUGAGCUGCUGUUGAUCGAUUUCUUUACCCUGCUGAGGAGGCGCCUCUCUGUUCCAGAAGGAGGGGUUCAGUAAAAAAAAAAAAAAAGGUGCUAAUGAGAGUGCCUUUCACCAAGUUAAAAAAGACAUUUAUAACAAAAAACUUUCUUUCUUUUUUUUUUUAUACCACAUUGCUUCAGUUGAUUGUUGUCUGUUGAGGCAGAUGGACCUCUGUGAAUUUUUGUUUUUUGUUUCGAAUCAGUUAUUAACUGUAACUUUUGUAACCGUGUACACACACUGUAUUUUUUGUUGUUUGUUUUGUCCUGCAUAUGUCUUGUGUUGUAUUUAUUAAAGAAAACUGAGUGGCAUCAUGUUAUUUCUCUGUGGAAGCAAAUGUAAUAAAUACUGCUAUUGCUUUGUU